AUGGCAAAACCCUCACCAGAUCCAAAACCAACCUUUCUCGUUCUAUUCACUCUCACGUUAUGCAUAGCCUUAGCCUCUACAAAACCCCGCAAAUUCUCGGCAACGACCUCUCCCUCUUCCUUGGGACUAACCGAAGAGAAACUCACCCACAUCAAAUUCUACUUUCACGACAUCGUGAGCGGCCGAAACCCGACCGCCGUCAGAGUGGCCGAAGCCGACGUCACCAACGCGUCACGCACGCUCUUCGGUGACGUCAUGGUGAUGGACGACCCUCUGACGAUCCUCCCCGACCCGGCGUCCGAAACCGUAGGAUACGCGCAGGGGAUGUACGUCUCGGCCUCUCGGACAGAGCUCAGCCUGUUGAUGGUCCUGAACUUUGCGUUCAAAGGAGGGGAUUUCAACGGGAGCAGUCUUAGCGUUCUCGGCCGAAACGCGGUGUUUUCGGGCGUGAGGGAGAUGCCGAUCGUCGGAGGAAACGGUGCGUUUAGAUUCGCGAGAGGGUAUGCUCAGGCGAAGACUUAUAGUUUUGAUCUCAAGACGGGAGAUGCUGUCGUUGAGUACGAUGUUUAUGUCAUGCAUUAUUGA